CUAACGAUCUCAUCUUUCUUCCGAUGAAUCUAGUCUGCUAUUAACAACGAAGUCGGAAUGAUACUAUAAGGUGGAUCUGCGUAGAGAUAUGUGAAUACCGCGUUUGAUUUGAGAUUUUUCAGUGAUCGCUAGUGUCAAAUACUUUCCCCAAUAAACUAAAACUAUAUUAUCUGCCGGAUCCGUUCCGUCUAGACUAGCCAUCCAACUUACUGCGUCUCGUUUUUUAUCGCAAUUAUGUGGCUGUGGUUAUUUGGUGUUAGCGCUCUUAUACUAAGUCCAAUAAGUACUCAACAAAAUAUUGGGCGCCUCUAUCCUCGAUGUGCCACAAGUGAUCAAAGACCUGGACAAUGCAUUCCUCUCGGUGAUUGCGAGUUCAUGCUUAAUAUAUUAAAAAAUAAUCCGCUGAGUGAUCGUGAGCGAAGUUACCUGCGAGCCAACCGUUGUGGUGGUAGAACCACAGUCAUCUUGAUAUGUUGCCCACUGCAAACAUCCAUUCCAGAUGCACAAGGCCUGUUGCCCCUCCCAUUGCAAUGUGGAAUUAUGAAUAGUGAUCGAAUUUUUGGAGGAACGCAGACGAGAAUCGACGAAUAUCCAUGGAUGGCUUUGCUGGCAUACUCAAAACCUGGGAAUCAAACAGGAUUUCAUUGUGGAGGGACUCUCAUCAACAACCGCUACGUUCUAACGGCUUCUCAUUGUGUGAAUGGAAAAACAAUUCCAAAGGACUGGAAACUAAGCGGGGUCAGAUUAGGCGAAUGGAAUUUGGCUUCCGGCAGCGACUGUGACUUGGACGACUGUAAUGAUUCCCCCUUGGACGUCACCAUUGAGGAAUUUAUCAGUCAUGAGAAUUAUGAUCCCCAAUUGAACGACAAAUAUAAUGACAUUGCACUGUUGAGGCUUUCCCGCAAUAUUACUUUUACAGACUGGGUGAAUCCAAUAUGUUUGCCAUUAGCGGAGUCGUUGCAAAGCCGCAACUUCGAAGGAAUCAGCUUAGAAGUUGCCGGCUGGGGUCGAACUGAAUCAGCUAAGAAAAGUGACGUGAAGUUGAAAGCCUUCGUGAGAGGAGUGAACUCGAAUAAUUGCAAUAACGUUUAUAGCGGCGAAGGAGUAACAGUGAAAAACACACAGAUUUGCGCAGGCGGUGAAAAAGGGGUGGACUCCUGUACAGGCGAUUCUGGUGGACCGUUAAUGGGAGUUGAUAUGCUGAACAACAAAACGCCGUAUUACUUUCUUGCUGGAAUUAUAUCGUUUGGACCUACACCGUGCGCACAACUAGGAUGGCCUGGAAUUUACACACGAGUUGACAGAUACAUUGAUUGGAUUAAGAGGAAUAUUCGGCCAUAGUUGCAGAUUCUGGGAUAAGGUGAUGUUGUUUCUGAAAUACUUUGUCAACGCUGAGUAUUAAAACGUAUUUUUAAAAAAUA